GAAGAAAUGAAAAAAAGAGCGCACGAGAGAACUGUUGUAAAGAGAGCAGGCAAAUUAAAGGCAAAAAACGAAAAGCGGUACAAGGAUAAUGAUGACGAUGUGCCAGGCUGUCAAACCAAAUAUGCAUUUACUCAUAAACGGCUGUUGGACAUACGAGCGUACGGAACUUGUUUUAACGCAAAGCAUUUGCAAAGUGGCGGUGUGGCAGGCAACAAAAAAAAAAUAGCAAAAUUAGUGAAAUACCAAUGUGUGUGCGCAUUAGCAAAAAUAUACCGUGAAAAUAUGUAUCAUUCAAGUCAUAUAAAAUGAAUGUGAUGCUAAAAUUCAGAACAAAUUUCAUUGAAGUGCUGUAAAUUAACGGAAAAGCAAAAAGCAAAUUAUAUAAACGCACUUCAGCCAAGUUAUUUAGCUAGAUAUAUAAUAUAUAAAAUUAAAAAAAAAAAAUUAAAACGUACAUAUAUAUACUGAUUACAGUGCAAGCAGUUCACAUUUAAGUACAAUUUAUGCGUAUGUACCACUGCUGUGUGCGCUAUGCAUAAAUUAGUGUAUCAUUUAUAGUACAUGUACGAGUAUAAUAAGACACGCUAGGCGUAUGAGUAACCUAAAAACCCAACUGAAUCACGCGACGAAGUAAUAUCACAAAUUGACAAAAAGUGAGAUUUUAAUGAAGCAGUGGAAAAUUGAAACAAUUAAGAAAAUUGCAAUUGCGUUUUACAACAACUUACACACACACAAGCUUAACAACAACACACAAAGCAAAAUAAGUAUUAUAUAGUAUUUCAACUAAUAAUCACACGCACUUACAAUACAUUUUGACAUUAAACACACACACACACACACACACGUAAAUAUAUACUGCAGAGAAAAGUUCAAAUUGCAUAAAUUGGUGAAUAACAUAGUUAUAUGCCCAUUGAGUGCCUUAUAUCCUUUGAUAAUAAUCCUCAAGGUGUUUACUAUGCUGGGCAGGAGCUAUCCGGCAUUGUUGACCUCAGCGUCGACGCAACAAAGCGCAUUAAAGCAAUACACAUUACAGUUAGCGGUUAUGCGAAGAUACGCUGGAUAAAAAAGGGUUAUCCGCGCGAUAGUGAACGUGCUAUGUGCCGUGCCUACCGCUCAUAUCUAUCGUCGCGUUCGUAUGUGCUCGGUUCGUGUGCGAGCAGUUCGUGUAUGGACUGGUCGGCCGGCGAUUACUCGUAUACGUUUCACGUAAUACUGCCAGAUAAUCUGCCCACUUCAUUCGACGGCAAAUAUGGGCAGAUACAUUAUGAGAUUAUCACCACAAUCGAUCGGCCAGCUCGAUAUCCUAAAGUCUUCAAGUUGCCAUUUACGGUAAUUCAACCGUUAGAUUUGAAUUUGGACACAAUUUACAGGGUGCCCCUCGAAGUUCUUGAUCGCAAACGAUUCUGGAGCUUUUGCUGUCCCACAGGACCAUUAACUGUCAAAUUCUCCACACCCUAUUGCGGCUACGCACCCGGCCAAAAGAUUCAUUUCGUCCUUUAUAUUAACAACGAAUCGUCCAUUGAUAUCACGGACUGUGAAGUCAAGCUAAAGCAGGAAGUGAGCUACGAAUCACAUGAUCCACAGCAUGAAUAUCGUUAUGAUAAACAUCUCAUCGCACGCAAACAAUUCGGUAAUGUUUUGCGUUGGAGUCGUAAAGUUUAUCGUGGAUAUCUCAGUUUGCCCUCCAUACCGCCGUCAUCGUUGAAAAUGAUAUGCCCCAUUAAUAUCACUUAUCUAAUAAAGAUUAUAAUUAAGCCAACGGAUUUUCAUUGGAAGAUGAAACUUAAAAUACCAUUAACCAUUGGUAGCAUACCAAUUAUAGAUAGUAUGGCAGCAGCGGCUGGCUUGCCAAGCUUAUUAGAAAACCAGCAUGCCGUUAGACGUGGCUAUUAUAAUGAGCGUAGACUGUUGAGGCAAAAUGCAAGCGAGAAUGCGGAACAGUCAGCAGCUGUGGGUGGAGUAGAAGCUGCUCUUGAGCCAUCGCAAGAGAGUAUUGAGAGUACCCGAAACGAUAUACCAACACUGCUAAUAACCGAUGGUGACAAUCCGCCCGAUUAUAAACUUAUGAUGCCGCCUUCGUAUGAAGAUGCCAUGGCGUUAAGUGAUAAAUUCUGUGAUGACAGCGAAUAUUUGCAAAAUGUCAGCUUAAGUAGUAUUGUUUCCAAUGAAACGGCCGAGUCGUUUAAGCCACGCUAUCCCGUCUACUAUGAGUACGAGACGCCAAUCAUACCGCCUGAAACACUCUACGAUGAGUCACCCUCGCAACUGCGUAUCGAGUUACAGUCAUCUGAUUCGACCGAUUCAUCACAUCAACCGCUUAGUGCCGCCAGUUUCAACGUCUUUCGUAAAGAAAAGAAAUAAUGUAAAUAUUUAUUAGAUACUCGUAUAAAUUAUAAUACACUAUUUAAGCCUAACUAUCGUACAGUUAAAAUUGUGUAACAUACCUGCAGUGAAAUUAAUUAAUAGUUUCAAACUAUUUUAUAAAGAAUAUGUGCCAGAGACUGAUUUAGUCAGUCGACCAAUUUUUUUUAACAUUAUUUUUUACACUACUUGCGUUACAUUAAUUUUCAGUUUCGAUCAGAUAUGGGUAUACUAGUUGCAAAAAGAAAAAAAAAAUCUCAAUUGUGGACGUAACCUCUCGUUUCAAUUUGAAAAUGUUCUCACUGAAAGUUCAUUUUAAAACUGGGAUAGCUGUGUACUAUUUUUGGAGUAGUUAAUUUUUAACUCAAAAAGUAUUUUUUUGCAUUAUUUUUUAUGCUGCUGAAUUUGAGAUAAAGUACUAUGAUUUUCUGCUACCCUGAACUGGGUACAUUAAGUUUGCAAUGAAGUUUUUAACAACUAGAAGGAAACUUCGGCGACCCUGUAAAAUACCUAGGUACACAUAAAUGAUCAACGUGACGAGCUGAGUUGGUUUAGCCGUGUUCGUCUGUCUCUCCGUCCGUCUGUCUGUAUAUAUGUGAACUAGGCUCUCAGUUUUGAGCUAUCAGUCUGAAAAUUUGCACACGUCCCUUUCUGUGGAAUACUAUAGCAUAUAUCUAGAAACCGUUUGCGGUUACGUUUUUAGAUUUUCAAUUAUACGAAUUGUUACUAUAAGAAAUUACAGGUAUUAUAACUGUAAGUCAGCCGAUCUUAAUGCCUUUUGUUGUUGUCUGACUUGUUGGUUGGAAACUUGAAUGUUUUCUAACUAAUUGUAUUUCAACCCACUUUAUUACUUACUGGUUACUUUUAAAAUCUAGUGGUUUUCUGACUAGUUCGAUUAGAAGCUCACGAUGAGCUAGUAUUUUUAUGAGCUGCUCAGUUUUAAACAGGAGUUUAUAGUUCUAAACUAUUUUGAUAUUAUAUUUCACUGCAGGAAUUUUACAUUUUUUAUCAUACAAAUACUCGUAUCUAUUUGUACGUAUGAAAACCGAUCAUAUUUUCUUAUGCCCCUUUUAAUGACAAAUUUAUUAUGCUAUAGGUAUGUGCAUAAAUUCUCAACAUUUUAAUAUGAUCGCUAUUUGUUUUGAAUAUGAAUUCAUGUUUUGUCAUAAAAAAUGGCAAAGUGGAAUCUAACUAAUUUAAGUCAAAAUGCAUCUUUAAUUUUAAGUUAAAAGUGAUAAUGAUUAUAUAUGUAACAGCAAUGAUUACCCACUUAAAUAAUUAACAUAUUAAAUAAACUUUGUGCCAUCAACAACAUGUAAUCGUAAUAACGCACGCACAUUCACAGAAAAACACACACUUUAAAAGCUUUAGUACUCAUAAAAUAGCUUAAUUUAGCUAUUUAGAUAACUAAAAAUAUUGCAACAAAUAAAGAUUAACAAUUAUAAAAAUAAUUUCUAAGUAGCGUUACUAGUUUGAGGACACUUUACACCUUAAGUAGCUGACUAUAAGCCGUCUGCUAACUCAAAACGUUGGCGAUAGAUAUGACUCUAUCUAUGAAGAGACAAUUAAUCUUUUUGUGAAUUCGUGAAUUUAUCUUUAUGUGAACUGGUUUUAGUUUGCUUCGCUUAUUUGUAACAAAGCAGUUAAAAUGAAAUUUUGAAGAAACACUUCAUUUAGCUGUGCAAAUUAAAAAGAAAAAAAAUAAACACAGAGAAGCGCUGUUCAAAACAAACGGACUGUAAAUCUAUUUUUCAAAGUUAGAGGUAAACAAUUUUAAGCGACUAAUUAUUCAUAAAUUAUUACAUAUUAGUUUCUCAGCACCCUUUCUUUAAUUCAAUUUUGGUUCAUUCAUGUGCUGCUUCCUUUGACAUAGAUAUGGUAGAUGUCCGCUUUUAACAGUACAUUAGUUAUCUCAGAUUGGCAAUCGGUUCUUUUAGCCUUUUAUAGAAGAAUAUGUUCAUAUAACUAUAUAUUCUACAAACAAAAUCUUAUAAAUAAAAAAUAGAGCCAACUUAUUAUAGUACGCCACAAAAAAAAAUUACUGUUUUUCGUAAAUUAAUAUUAUGAUGGUUUAUACAACUGUCACUACUUUUCAGUUGAAAUAUUACGAAUUCAGUAUUAUCACUAUUAUCGACACAACUUUUUCAAAAGCUUUGAGUUGAGUUGUUUAACAACUUACUCUUACUAUUAACGCUAUUGCGGUAGCAUAAUUAUUAAUAGAAAAUAGAAAGAGAAAACUUUCAGAAAAAAUUUUAAAAGAGUUUCUAAAUUUUGUGCAAAGCAUAAAUAAAUAUAACAAGCACUUAAGCUCGUCUACUUACGAAUGUCAAGUAAGAAUUAAUUUUUAGUAAAGCUUUACAGCAUAUUCAAAGAUUAAUUUCUUAUUCUGUUAGAAUUUUUUAUCUAAAUAAAAUGAAUGUACAUUUUCAUGAUAUAGCUUCAACUAAAAUCAGUUGUAAUUUGUGUUGCCAAAGUUUAAUUGUUCCAAAGUUGAAUUGCAGUUCAACUGUGUCUUUAGAAACGAAUUUCUUGUAUAACCCAGUGAUAAAUAUUUAUAUCGAAUAUAUUUCGGAAGUCUGAUCUUGCUUCUAAAUGAUGUAACAACUUUUUCUCUGUUUUCCAAAUUCAUAAUACUUUCUACGAUUCACAUAAAGCAGUGUGUAGAAAACAUAGGUAUAAUUAAAUAAAUAGACGGCCACUCGCUGUAAAUUAAUUUUAUCCUUUUAUGACAAAAAUAGUUGGACUUAGUUUGAUAGAUGUCUGGUUACUCAGAAAUAAACACGACAAGCUGAAGCACCAGUUCUUUUAGAAAACCUUUCAUUUCGAACGACGGGCUAUAUGCCGUCGAUUCCACGACCUAACAGUCAACCGCGGUGGUCCUUGUAGAAAAUAUGCAUUCGCUAAAUAAAUUAUUCAUCAAAGAUUGUGUAAAAAUAAACGCAAUUUUGUAUGAAAAUCGUGAAAUUAUAAAUCAGUUAUUUGAAUUAAUUAACACGACAACUAAUAGCGCACAGUAAACAAUAUAUGUAUGUAAACCACAUAAGCGUCUUCGUUGUGUUGCCCAUAAUUACUCGAUGUGAAUAUGAUUAUAUUUUUGUUAUUAACGUUCCUGCAUAUUCCUCUAUAUUCCAGCAUAUAUUUAGAUACACACAUACAUAUAUUAUAUAUUGCGAUUUAGAUAAAGUAGGGAAUAAGUAGUUAAAUAUGGUAACAGCACUGCUGUUCUUUUAGAACAGUAGGUAUAUAAAUGUUUCUCACUUUCUCAUUGAACAGAUUAAAAUCAACUCGCUGGAGUGUAAUUGGUUGAUAAUAAGCCAAAAUAUACUUUAUAUAAAAAGUUAACAAACUUAUACUAUUGUAAAGUUUUUUCUUUAAUUUUGUGAAAAUAAGUAUAAUCAUAAAUUAUUAUUAAGUAUUUAUUUAAGAAUUGUGAAUUAUGUAAACGAGCUGCAUUCUUAUUCCAAAAAAGUUUUCAAAAAUUACUUUAUAAAUACAUCAAAUGUAAAAGAUGGCGCCUGCCAUAAUUUUUUUCAAACGUCUUAAAUUUUCUGUAAAGCAAUCCAACAUCAAAUAUAAAAAAUUAAAAACAUAUAUUUAACAAUAUUUAUAUACUUUUAGGCUAAAUAUUAUUUUUAAAUUUACAAAUCCUUAUAUUGAAUAAGUUUUUAAAACUAAGCAAUUCCUAAAAAAAUAUAUUUAAAUACUAAUAAAUAUUUAUUGCUUAAGUAACAGAUAUAUAUGCCUAUAUAUAAAUAAAAUUUUAAGCAUAAAAUAAACAUGUUCCCGUAAAAUCUCCCUAUUCAUUUACAUAUAUGUUGUUUAUUAAGCCUUUCAAUGUGCAUUUCCACACUUUUUUCCUUAAAUAAAUUUUUAAAUAUAUUGACCAA